ACGGGUGCUGAAAGGCUAAAAUCUAAGCUGGAACUAAGUUCAAGCUUGGUAGUCAUCCAGGUUGCAGGUUAGCCAUUUGCUUGAUUUAGAGGGAUAGGGAAGGAUGGCUUAGUUAGUCGGACCAGGUCGUCCAAGACCCUUUGGAUUCUCUCUCCGUGUCUCCCCCCCUCUCUCUCUCUCUCAAGUCUCACCUCCCGUUCUUGUUGAGAAAUGUUUUUCUUAGGAAUAGGUGCGGAUAGAUAGAUAGAGGGCAAGGGAGGUUGAUCGUUUUGCCCUCUGCCUGCUUGCUGAUCUUGGUGAUUCUGUUGGAACCAUUGGUCUGUCAUAGUCCAAGAUAGAGGUACACAGAGUGGGGAUGGCAGUAGUACCUAGUUUUGGGCUGCUGAAUCUCAAUUCUUGCUACAAGGAUGAGGUGGAGUGAAGUGAGAGCAAGAAAGGUGCUCAUGUUUUGAAUUAUGUUGCAACAACAGUUGUUGCUGCCUUCAUAUCGUUUGUGAGGGGUGUCUGCUCCAAAAUUGAGCGAAGAAAGUGCUGCCAAAUGCUGAGAUUAGACUCAAUCUUUUGUGUGGUGGUGAUCAAAACUGAGUGUUGUGAUAGAAGUUGUACUUGCCAGCAUGGCCAUGGGCACUAACCAAGGGCCUCAGAGGACCAAUAUGUCUCCUUUGCCCAGAGAUAUGAGACUCUCACCCAGGUGUAACAUUAACCCUUUAGUGCCAUCCGGGAUAGAAUCCCCCAAUUCAAGUAUCUUGAAUGGUCCCAGGGGCAUGUCCCCAUUUGCCAGAUCAAUCCAUCAUUCGCGACAAUCCUCAGUCUUGUCCAAUCAGUCGUCGUCCUUGGAUCUGUCUUUGUCGUCAUCCUCAUUCUAUCGGCAAGGCUCAGGGAACUCUUUUGAUAAUCAGUCCCGAAUGUCAUCCAUAGCCUCUCCAUUUUCCAUAAAUACUACGACCACCCACUCCAGACAGUCCUCCACAGACUCAGGGGGAGCCGCUCUUACUUCAGAAGUAGUAGGUGGAGCUCGCAGAAAGCACAAGGCCAACUUGUCCCAAAUAAGGAACAGUGCCACACCUCCACCUCACAAACUGCCGCCCUUCACCACUACAAACCUCAAAAUGUCCCCAACCUCAAUGGACAUGGGAUACCACACCAUGCCUUGGGAUGGGACUGACUCGUCUUCACCCCUGACUUCCAUGGAAUUAUCUCCAUGUCCCACCAACGUGAAGAAGCCCCUGCCUCCAAAAGUGCCAAACUUCUAUGAUUCUGGAGUUAAUCUGGACAUGAGCAAUCAAUGUGUUGAGUACAAAACUAAACGGCGUCCAACAGUGUCUUAUUUUAGCUGGUUACCUGACGAACUCUUUGUGCGAAUCUUCUCCUACCUCAAUACAUCCACAAUAUGCCAUUGCUCAAGGGUGUGCCGAAGGUUCUACUUCCUCUCGUGGGAUCCUGUUUUAUGGCAAGAGAUCCAACUGAGUGGUGACAAGUUGAACGCUGAUUUGGCCAUAUCAACACUACUCAAGCUAGUGGCUCGAGACUCACCUCAUAUGUGUUCGAGUGUGGAGAAGAUUUCAUUUCAAUCUUGUUCCAAACUUACUGACUCCGGACUUUGGGCCAUCAGCCGAUCCUGUCCUUCAUUGCAGACAUUGGUGUUAAAGUCCUGCAAAUCUGUCACAAAUGCAGGGCUUCAAAAUCUUGUGUCAAAGUGCUCCAUGUUGACGCAUUUGAAUGUUUCUGGUUGUUCUCAGGUCAGCACAUUCGACGUGAGUGGAAUAGCAGAGCCCAGCCCAGCCACAGCUGCUCUUGUGGGCGUUCCACCGGGGACCAUCCCCAGUGUGUUCCUUCAAUACCUCGAUUUGACCGAUUGCCCUCGGAUAACUGAUUUGGGAUUGGGUAUUAUUCUCAAAGUCACCCCCAACCUUCAACAUUUGUACCUGCGGCGCUGCCUCAACUUUUCAGACAUGGGCAUCAAAUAUAUCGCUUCUCAUUGUCCAUCUUUGAGAGAGUUGAGCAUCUCGGAUUGCGUCCAAAUCACAGACUUCGGACUCUAUGAGUUGGCCAAGCUAGGACCCAAUCUUCGGUAUCUGUCGGUGGCUAAGUGUGACCAAAUCUCGGACUCGGGUGUGAUGCAAAUAGCGAAACUCUGUUACAAGCUGCGCUACUUAAAUGUCCGAGGCUGUGAGGCCGUAAGUGAUGAUUCCGUGGAGGCCCUUAGUCGAUCUUGCACUCGAUUACGAUCCCUGGAUCUUGGGAAGUGCGAUGUAACGGAUGUUGGACUGAAAUUGCUAGCUGAAAAUUGCCCUGGGCUGAAGAAAUUGAGUGUGAAGAGUUGUGAGAUGAUCAGUGAUCAAGGACUUCAAAACAUAGCCUAUCGAUGUCGUGGGCUACAACAACUGAACAUUCAAGAUAGUCCCAUCACUAUUGAUGGUUAUCGCAUGGUGAAGAAAUUCUGCUCUAAGUGCAUUAUUGAGCACACUAACCCAGGAUUCUACUAGAUCAAUGACUAAUACAUGUGGUAAACCAUCCUGUGUCCUCUGUGAUAAAUAUAUUCCGUUGAAUAAAAACCGACAUAUUGUUGCAAUUGUAAACUUUCUUUGCAAUUUGACAUUCUAUAGCGUCUUUAGCAUCAUGUCACAAAACUGAGAUACAAACCUUUGAGCACCUCUAAACGGUUUUCUAGUUUUGUUAGUUGAUAUUUGCCCAAGAGCAUGUGAGUUGGAAUAUGGUAAUUUUUUUCUCGGUCAAUGGCCAUGGCAACCAUGAAAGGUAGAAAUGCAUAUCAAAUGCAAAUUGCAAUUAUGGCAUGCGCAGCAUGGAAUGCGCUGCAAAACUGAGUAAGCAUUCAGUACAUUCAAACUGUG